UCAUUUGGCGGAGCCACGUGUUCGCGGACGCGUUUCAACGCGGUCGCGCACCUCCGAUCGUUGCGUUUCCAAUGCAUGAUGUAAUUGCGAACAUAACCAAGAAAAGUUUUGCGAAAAAUAUUUACUGUUUACGGGGAGCGCGAUGUAACGACACGCAGUCCGAGUGCCAACCAAUGAUUCGGCGGAUCGCUAACCCCUGAGAUGGGAAAACACGUCGUGUCGCAGGUUGGAGCUAGCCGCACUUCGAAUCGGGAAUCUGUUCCAAAAUCAGAUUUCUAGGAGGGACAAAAAUGGCGACUGAUGUAAUAAUCAGGAGCAAGGAUAGGCUGCAAGAAAUCAGCAUGAAACUGGAGCACAGUCACUUGGCUUAUCUGCAGACAGACGACAGUCCUCUGAAGUUACAGCAACGUCACAAAUUAGAAGGUUUUAUAAAGGAAUACCUUUGUCUGGUGCCCAAUGAGAAUAAGUAUGUGUUUCAAGAAACAGCGGAUAUUUUGCACAGAUCGGCAGCUACAGUGACAGAUUUCAGUGGGUACAGAGCAGCGACCGCUUGGAGCGCAAUUUCGUUGUAUGCAGCUAACCUUUUGGCUCAGCCUUGGCGAAAAGAAUAUAGGACAGUGAGGACUUACAGUGGCUAUUACAAACAUGAGGUGGAGGCGAACUUAAUAGGUGCGGAGUUAAUGUUCGAGCAGAUGGGCUAUAAACAUACCGGCCUGGGUGUGCUGACUCUGGAGGGACCGAUCGAUCCGGAUAAAGUCUCCAGUGUCAGCAGGGAUGCUAUCGUGGCUUUCGUAGAGUGUCAGAUCCUGAAGCAGAUAUGGGAGAGCGUGUCGCAGAACUACACCAUCUCCUGGCUGGAGGUGUUGGAGUUCCGGGAGAGCAACGUCGGCACGCCGGAGCAGGCGAUCCGUGCGCUCAACUACCGCUUCCUCGAGAAGCUGCAUCAGAACCGCGCGGUCAAGACCAACAGCUACAAGGAUUACUACGCUCAGCAGCAGCAAACUAGUGUGGACCCCGUGCCGCUCACCGCCGUGCCGUAUCAGCUGAUGCAACCGAACUACAACGCGGCGACGAUGCCUCCGGUCUGCCAGACGGACUACAGACGCAUCGAGGACGUGAGCAACAUCGUGUCGGCUAACUACCGGUACUACCAGCCGCCCGACCACACCUUCGUCAACUGUUGCAACACCUACGGCUGCCUGCUGCACGGCAACAAAUUCUACAGCGGCGGUGUGCAAGCGGACCCAUAUUGCGCCACGUUGCCGGCUUACCCGCCGAUUCGAGUGCCGACCGGCAGGCUGAUAGAGCUCGACGCCGUGCCGGCGUCCACGGUGAUCCACUACGGCGACAAGGCUCCCCGCAAGUCCCACAGGAUAUCGGACUUGGACGAGGUGGACUUCUACCGGCGGCAGCAGCAACCUCUGAGCGACGUCGACCAUUACAGCGAGUACGGCAAGACGAUGGACAGGAAGGCCGCGAGCAGAUCCAACUCCAGCGUCGGCAGGACGCGCGGCGACAGUUACGACACGUGGGAUUUCGUGUACAAGAAUCUCGAGAGCCAGGGUUACUCGAAGGACCUCGGCGAGCGGGAGGACGUGCUGCAGCACCGGAAAGAGCUGGACUCGCGCGCCCAGUCCAAGCACAGAACGCUGCGGACGGAGAACGAGGGCAAGUACAGCGCGCACCGUUCGGAGAAGAGGAGGAGCGGCAGGAGCGAGGCGAACGACGUCGAUGCCAGCGAGACGAACGGCAGGAAUCACCAGGACGUCCUGCCGUUCAAGAAGAAGUCCUCGUCGUUCGAUCUCUCGGACUCGAGCAGGUACAACAACAGCGGCGCCGCUCUGACGAUGGACGCGUACAGCCAGGACAAGAGGCACAACCAGACCCUGCCGAUGCCGCGCACGCACAGAUCCUCGGAUCAGAUAGCGAGGAUCGAGGACUCGCUGAGGAACCUCGACAUCGCGCGAACGAGCAAGGACCCGACGGGGAAGGAGGGGCGGCAGGACGCGAACGAGAGGAGGUGGAACUGCGGUACGUGCACCUAUCUGAACACGCCCGACCGGGACAUCUGCGAGAUGUGCGGCAAGUCGAGAUACAAGGGCAACGAGGACAAGCCGCUCGCCAGCGGCGGUAAGGAGUGCCCCAAGUGCACGCUGGUGAACGAGAAGGACGUUUCUAUCUGUGAUGCCUGCCAUGCCAGUCUGAAGGACUCUCCGACCUACAUAUAGACGAACCAAGUUCCUCGAGGCCUAGGGAAGAGAGGAAGAAGGGGGAGUUACGAAGGAUGCGACGGUCGGUGUGAUAACGAGAGCAGUUGCGAGCUGUGCGAGAUCGCCCGGGCGAUGUCGAUUCGUCGACUACAACCGCCGUUCGGGCGCUUAAGGCCUAUCCAGACAAGCUUGCAUAUAAUCAUAUAUUGCAUAUGCAUAGGGAAAUGUACCGAUCCGUGCAGCAAAAGGAUGUCUUCUAUAUGGGACACAUGAUUGGUCGAUCGGUUUGCAUUAUAUGACUAUGCAAGUUUGUCUAGGUAGGCCUUUAUCCGGGCAAACUUGCAUAAUGCAUAUGCAGAAGGAAGUUAACCAAUCUUCCAUAUGUCUGAUAUAGAAGAGAUCCGUUUUCUGCACGGAUCAUGAUUGGUUGGUUUUCUCAUGCAUAUGCAAUAAUGCAAGUUUGUCAGAAGAGGCCUUUGGGAGUACCGAAGUACAGAUUUCUGCAUAAUGUGUAAGGAAAUGAUGUGAAUCAAUUAAAAUCCUUUGUUUCUACCCCCAGAGUUGUAAUGGAGGGCUCUGAUUGGUUGAUUCUUUUUAUGUCUUACGCGUUAUGCGUUUUACGAAAGUCGAUCCUUCUUCACCUCGAGAAAAAAAAAGGGGGAGUUCGUCGCACGAUCGGAUGACGAUGAUAACGAUGAUUUUUGCCGCAGUUGUUUUGCGUGUCGCGGAUCAUGUGUAAGAUAUAUGGAGGGAUACGUCUGGGAAUGCGUACAACGCGAAUCUUUUUCAACGACCUAAAACGAAAACGGAAGGAGGCAGGUGGGAAAACAAAAAAAGAGAACUUAGAGGCAUAAUAUAUUGAUAGCAUACAAAUCCUGAGACCUAUAUAGAGAAGAGAGGGUACAAAGCUAUUUAUUUAAAAUUUAUCUCUCGCGCGGUAAGCAUGUAACGAUUCCUCUUUAGUAUCACAUUAGCGUUAUAAAUUGGGGCCUAUCGGGUGAAUGUCGAGUAGGCAUCGGGAUCAUACGCAUCACUAUUAACGCUUUCGUAGCAGUUAACGACUUGCUGAAAUCGAAUGAACCGGUUAUAAGAUUCUCUGUCGACGGGUAAAAACAAAUCGUAGAACCAAUUCGGUGCAGAUUUGUCGGGGAAUGGCGGAAAUUGCACCAUUACUUGUCGAACAGAUGCUUGAUUGUUACGUUUGAUUUUCUGUCGCACAAAUAUUGUGCAAUUGUUCCCCAAACCCUCGAGAAAACGUUAUAGAAAACGUGGUGCAGUUAACUGUCGCUGUUGUGGGAUAAUCACGAAGCGAAGAACGAAUCAUUGUUAUUGUAAUUCAUAGAUUUUGUACAUAAGCGCGCCACACUAUAUAAUGGAAUUAUUAAUUUUAGUGAAAUUUAAUGAGACGAAAUUUUCGAAAUGAUUUACAUCAAACGAAAUUAUCUCCAGAAAAUGUUGGAUCAGCAGCUGGUUCUCGGUUUGCGUAUAAUAGUCUACGCAAUGUUAGGAACCUUCGGAGGAGUGUUUUACGUUUCACUAAGGAGUUCCCCCCAGAAGGUAUAAAUUAGAGGCGUUUGUUGCGAGAUACGAAGAACGUUGAACCCAGCUUUAUCAGAUUAUAAAACUGUCGUGUAAUCGGUUGCGGAUUGUUGUUACAACAUGUCAUAAUAAUAUAUGCAUAUUGUGCUGCACAAUGAUAGAAAAGGAGAGAACGUUGCUGGAAGUAACGGUAACGAAAAUUUGAUACGAUCGGCUGUAUACAGAUUCUAUGAUGACUGACAAGAUUCUCCUGGCGAAAUGGCAUCUACAUUAUAAAUCACAUUCUGUACGAUCGUCUCAAAGUAACUCUUUCUUAUUUAUUUAUAUAAGAGCAACUUAUGUUAAAAAUGCCCAUCAUAUUAUUUAUUCAUACAUUCCUUAUUCAUCGAUUCGUUGAAACGUUAAAUUUGUCCCGUUCAUCGAAUACCUCCCGUGUAUCUGCAACAUCUGUGUGUGUGUGUGUGUUUCAUUUCACGUUACAUUGAAGCUUGGUUCGGAUCGUUGGAUGUAUGUAACUUGCAGUGUCUUAACUUUACACGUAUGUAAGAUACGCGCCGAAUGCUUGAGUCCCCGCAGUUUGUCGAAGUUGCACAAAACGAUAUAUAUAUGCAGCUAAGUAAGCUUAGUCGAAAAUGUUUCUCUUUGUCCAGAGACAUUGGACCUUUGCUCAAUAGAAGAAUCUCUAACAAAAAAAAAGCUUGAGCUAAUGUACUUCAAUUUACUUAGUUCAGUCCCCCCUCCCCCCACCCCUAAGCAUUUUUAUUAACCGCAUAGUCAAUAAAGAGAAAUUUUUUAUUUACCGUACCGUGUAUACCAUCUUAGCCUAAUUCAUGUAAUUUAACGCGUCGAGGUUAAUAGAGAAAACGACUCGUGGCCACGUCGCUUAAUAUAGGCGAUGCACUGAUAAGAGAUAGCAAGAGAUAUAUAUUAAUAGGACAAUUGGCGCUUUAAAGACGAAGACUUAGUACAACAAUAAUCCUUGUGCUUUUCCCAAAUAAGGGAGAUAUCCGUUUGUAUUUCAGGUAUAUAUACUCUAUCGCAGAUAAUUUUUAAUACCGUUUAUAAAAGUCUGAUAUUACAAUUGUAGUAGAAUCGAUAUUUUUUCAUCGAUAAAGUAUAAGAGUACGGUAACAACAACAAAGUAGGCAGUGUAAAAGCAUGCAUAAAUGGUUAUAUUGUAACAUCUUGCGGAGUUUAUGUAAAUUGUAUAAUAAUCUGUUGUAUAAUAAAAUUUAAUAUAAUAUACAUGCACACACA